CAUCUGCUUGUUAAUAAAUAAGUAAAGUUAUUUUUUAUGAAUAAAUUAUUAACUAUAGCGCAGGCUGUGCCGCGCCAAUUUGUGCGUGAAUAUGCCUUCAAGUCUGACUUGAAAAUCAAAUGGGUGCGUCCCGAGAAAAUAAGCUGUAUCAAGCCAGAGAAGAGUGGUGAUCUGGGAAAGCUGCCGCCACUACAUGAGGAUGAAUUGCUGCCGGAAUACAAAGAUUGCAAGGAGCUGAAAGAUGCGAAUGAGUCUGUGCAGCAGCUGUUUCGGCUAAGCAACAACGCGAAUCAUCUAACUACACGGUAUUAUCGUGAUCAGUUUGUGCAGGAGGUGCAACGACAUCCGCAAGACUUUGGAUCCAUGGAGGCCAAGUUGGCAAAGAUGACAGCAUUUAUACGUCGCUAUCAGCUUCACAUGGACGCACAUCCACGCGACAAGAUGAUUAAGGUACGUCUAAAGGAGCUCAUAGACAAGCGCAAAAAGUUUCUAAAAUACUUAAGACGUUGGGAUUACCCACGCUUUGAAUGGAUUUUGGAGAAACUGGAUUUGGUCUAUAAGCCACCGCCAACGCAUUUCCACUGGAUUACACGCAAGGAGUCGCUGCAGAAAUUAACUGACAUAUAUUGCGAUAAACUUAAGGAGGAGCGUUUGGAAGCCUAUCACAAACAGCUGCAGACGCAACAGAUACCCUAUUUAGAAGAUGCAAUCAACAAAAUGCAAUUUGUGCGUCAGGAGCAGAUUGACUGUGAUGUUCCAGUUACUGUUACAGAGCAGCAGAUAGAGGAAGUGCGUAGUGAGUUAGCAGAACUCAAGAAGAUACGUGAGGUGGCAGACGCAGCUAUACGUAAGCAAGUUGACGAGCACUUUGUUUGAAUUGAAUUAAAAAUGAUUCAGAAAUU